GUUGGUGGAUUUGUGAUGCUUGGUUGCAAUUGCAUUGGCGGUGACAUUGAAGUUAUUCUAAGUUUGAUGCUGGGUACCUCAUUUAAUCCAGAAAGCAUGCUAAAACUGAACGAGUUGGUUGAGCAGUUCUCUCGUACUGUCUACCAGAUCUUCUUAUAUAGUUCGAAGCUAAUGGCUAUCCCCCCUCAACUGGCUGAUCGUCUGCAGCUAGAUGCGUGGAAGCAGUUUGAAAAGAUUGUGCCUGAAACCCUUUCAAUUGCUGACAAAAUAAUCGACAUUUCUAUAGAUGAUAUUGAACGUGGUGAUGGACUUUUAUCGAAAUUACAAGAUUGCAUCCCAUCUAGGGAUAGCAUAAAACGAAUAUUCUCAGAUUUUAUUAUUGCUGCAGGAGAUACGACCGCAUUUGCCACUUUGUGGUGCUUGUACCUUUUAGCAAAAAAUCAAGCUGUUCAAACAACUGUACGUAGUGGAAUCAAGGACGAUUUUCUAGAAUCACCACUUAUUCGCGGCACUGUGAAAGAAUCCCUUCGCUUGUUUCCAAUUGCUCCAUUCAUCGGCCGCUUUUUGAAUACAGAUGCCAUUAUCGGAGACUAUUGCAUUCCAAAAAAUACUCUUGCAUUGUUAUCGUUAUAUUCAGCUGGUAGGGACGAAGCAAGCUUCUACUUACCGAACGAGUUUCUUCCACAAAGGUGGUUACGCCGAGACGAUAAAAGCAUGUCGUUAGUACCGUUCAAUGUUAAUGCCAGUUUGCCUUUCGCUAUGGGAAGCAGAAGCUGCAUAGGACGCAAAAUAGCAUUAAUUCAAAUGCAAUAUCUAUUGUCUAAGAUUUUGAAUGAAUAUCAUUUGACAGUAUUGAACGAUAAAGAUGUAGAAGCCGAGCUUAAAUUAGUAACAGUUCCUAGUUCAAAGAUUAGGCUAGCGUUUCAAAAACUAGAAUAAUAAUGUAAGCAAAUUAUUGGACCGUAUGAAUAAAAAGUAGUAUUCCACAGUUUACUACAAUUUUGUAGUAAAUACUACUGUUAUUGGUAUGAAUAAAAAUAAAAAAAGCAUUUACUACACUACAACUUUCGAACUUACUAAUUUUGUGGAACAUGCUCCACAAUCGGUAUGAAUAAAAGUAGUAUUUACUACAAGAAAUUUGUAGUCUGCUCAAGAGGUUGCUACAAAGUCUGCGAUGCGUGUACCUGAAAUCAUAACUUAUAUUUUAAACUGCAGAACAUGAGUUAUUACUCAGUUAUUUAUUGUAUUUCUCUAACUUCGCCCCUGUUAUCAAGCAGACAACGCUCCGCACAUUGUUGGCUGUGGCGUCUCAACGUAAUCUGACCCUACGCCACCUAGACGUUAAGACUGCUUACCUUUACGGUAGCUUAGACGAGGAACUGUUUAUGAAACAGCCACCAGGUUUCAUCGUCAAAGGGAAAGAGCGACUAGUUUGCCGACUUCGCCGUAGCAUUUAUGGCCUGAAGCAGUCGGCCAGGUGUUGGAACCAGCGUCUGCAUGCCGUGUUGCAGCAACUGGGGUUCAAGCAAAGCGAAUCAGAUCAUUGCCUCUACACCAAGGUCGUCGGUGGAUUGCAAGUCUUUUUGCUAGUUUAUGUUGACGACAUUCUCGUUGCGUGUCGGAGCUCCGCUGAAAUCGACAAGAUAACCAGAGCACUGAAAAGGGAGUUCGACAUCACAGACUUGGGAGAGCCAAGCUACUUCCUAGGUCUGGAGAUUCAACGUCAUGAUGGGAAGUACAGCGUUAGUUUGGAGGGAUACAUUGAUAAAAUCGCUCAAAUGUAUGGACUUCAAGCUGCCAAGGCCGCUAAGAGUCCAAUGGACACUGGAUUUGUUUCGACAACGGAUAGCAGUACACCAUUCUCCGACAAUUUGGCGUAUCGGAGUCUCGUUGGUGCCCUAUUGUACGUAGCGGUAUGUGCUCGACCCGACGUGGCCGUGAGCGCAUCCAUCCUUGGUCGAAAGGUAUGUGCACCCACAGAAAAUGAUUGGAACGCUGCUAAAAGGGUCCUCCGUUUCCUGUACUCAACCAAGAGCGCACGUUUGGAGUACAACAACGAAGCCAAUUUUGCCGGGUUCUCGGAUGCCGACUGGGCAGGUGACAUCAACACUCGUCGUUCAACUACUGGGUUUGUCUUUCUAUACGCCGGAGGAGCAAUUUCUUGGGGCAGCAGGCUUCAACAUUGUGUUACGCUCAGUUCAAUGGAAUCCGAAUACGUAGCUCUUGGAGAAGCUACUCAAGAAGCUGUGUGGUUGAGGCGAUUUCUUACCGACAUGGGUGAGACUCUCGAAGGACCGACGUGUAUUAUGGAUGAUAAUCAAGGGUGCAUACAGUUCAUACACUCAGACCGAGUUAGUCGUCGGUCAAAGCAUAUAGAAACGAAGGAGAGAUAUGUGCGUGAACUGUGCGAUCAAAAGGUGAUCCGGCUCGAAUACUGUCCUAGCGAAACCAUGGCGGCUGACCUUUUGACGAAGCCGCUGGGAACAACGAAGGUCAGGCAGUUAUCCAAGCUGCUCGGGCUUCAUCCAGGGAAGGUAGCGACACCUGGUGAGGAGGAGUGUUAGAAUUUCCACCACUUGCCGCUAGAGUGUGCGCCCAUCGCACUACGACAACAUCGACAGACAGAUCAACUAUGUUCUUGCUUUUUUGACAUUUUGAUAUUGUAUUUCCGUUUCCGACUUCAUUAUCCAACUCGAUCACUAGUCUCGACUGUGUAAAAUCGAAUGCGUUGUAAUAAAAUCGUUCCUUUCUAAAAGUCCCGUUUUUUACCUGUUAAUAUCCGAUUUUGCCCAACAUUUCUUAGAAAAAAAAUAUCUUAUCACGCCUUUCCUUGGAUAGGAAGUGAAGACGUAGGUCCCGGCCCAUGUGUUGAUGGGUUCGAUAUGUAGGGUCCCGGGUGUGGUGACUGUAGUCUCCCUGGGCGUCGUAAUUGAGGGCUUAGCCACUAGACACAGCCGAUGUAAAAACACAACAUGGACAGAAAAAAAAAGAAGACGAAGAUGAAUAUCUCUUUGUCAUUGAUCAAAUAGUGAAAUAUUAGCUAUCGUCUCAUGUGUUCCGGUCACAUUGAACUCCAGGUUUUAACAACCAGGAGCAUGCUAGUCUUUUGGUGUGAGGAAGAGUGGCACAUACGCAAAAAAUGUUUUUUUUUUUUAAGUUUGCAUGAGGUGGACCAAGCAGAUCAUACUAUGCCGUUGAUCCCUGAUACCCCUGUAGACUAUAGACACUAUAGAUUCCAUAGACUCGCGGAGACAUGGUUGAGCAAUACGAUUUAAGUGUGUUUUACCGUGAAUUUAGAGUGUACCGAGCGAAUAUGACGUCACGCAAUCCAUUAGGCCGUAUGAAUAAAGUUGAGUAAAUACUCUUUACUUAAUCUAUGUGAAGCCGUGGAGCAAAUCUCUGUGAAACUUCACAGAGAUCUGAGUAAAGAGUAUUUACUCAGCUUUAGUCUUAUGGCCUAUUACACUAGUUUACAGCAUUUUUGAACUCGGUAAGCUGAUGAUCGGUUUUGGUGUAGAAUCAUGCCCUGAGUUUGAAAACGCGAAGGAAAAAAAAUACAGUAGAGCGGAAUUUUUUCGACUUUCCAUACAAGGUUGAUGAUUUGAAAUCGAUUUUUGUUCUGUUUUUAAGCAAAGUCGCUCACUUCACACACCUCAUUCUCCGUAAUCAAUACUCCGAUUGAGCUGAAUUUUUUACUGUAUCUCGCCUACAUAUGAUAUGUCAAAAAAAAAACGUUGAGAAAGAAUUUUUAAAUUGUUUUUUUCCUAUUGAAAAAAAAAAAAACAUCUCUUCAUAUAUUUUUGGAAAUUUUGCUAAAUCGAGAUGAACUAGCCUAGGGCUAAAAAUCUCGUUAAUACAGAUAAAAAAAAAAUGCUAAAAUUUGAGGAGAUCGUUCCCAAAACUCGCCAAUAUCUUGAAUUUUAUCAAUCUGACGCAAAACCUGCAUUCAGAUGAUCGAAUGGUAUUAUAUUCCGCUUUUAAUUUAUGGAAAAAGAUUUAAAAUUGGUUGAACAAGACGCAAGAUAUUUGAAUUUUAUUAAAUUCCAUAUUUUAAAAAGUUGUAAAACACGAUUUUGAGCUAAAACUUAAAAACUGUUCUACUUUAAAUUUUUUGAAGCACGGUUUCGAAAUCAGCGCUAAAUUAUGCUUUAAAAAUUUUGGUCGUUGACAGAAGUUCACGACUUUCGUUUUAUUUUGUAAACUAGUGUUAUCGCAACUGAAUUCGUGACGUCAUGCUCGUUUGGCUACACGAACUGACAGUUCGUUUGGCUACAGUUGUCUUAGCCUCCGCGAGUUUAUGGUAUUUAUAGUGUCUAUACUGUAGACAGUCGGUGAUACUGUAAGACAACAUGGCUGUGAAUAACUAACUGGUUAAGAUCAAAAUUAGGAAUGUAAAUUUAAUUUAAUUUAAUUCAAAUGUUAACAUGUUAUUCAGAAGAUUUUGGUUUGUGUACAUUUUUUUAAGAAUCUGAUGCUACAUGGAAAACAAUGGCCCGUAUGAAUAAAAAGUAGUAACUACUCAUACUUUGUAGUUACUACUUUGAAAUAUGAUCCACGCCAAAGUAGUAGCUGAGAUGUCUUAUUGCGUAUAAUAAAAACACUUGUUUCGCUGAGGGUUAGAUCACAACUGAUUUGUGUAUUUCGUUCAGAGGGUUUUAUAGGGAUCAACUACAAAAGCUUACAAUACAACAAUAGGUAUAUCACCAGUAUAUGAAUUCUAGCUUGGUAUUGUAUAUCCUUCGUAUAACGGCUGAAACCCGAAGACUGACUUUAAUCAACUCUAAAAAUAAUUGAAACAUACAUAACAGAAAACUGUCGCAUAAUUUCAACUUGGAUAAUCCUUCAGUAAAACUAAUAUUUUCCUACUUAUCAAACCGUACUCAAUAUGUUGAAUUUAACAGUAUUAUAUCUGACAGAAUUUCAGUUUCUUGUGGCGUACCACAGGGAUCUAUUCUGGGUCCUCUACUUUUCUCAAUGUAUAUUAAUGAUUUACCACUCGUAUUAUCUUUUUGUAAAUUUCAUUUGUAUGCAGACGAUUGUCAGUUAUACCUUUCUGAUUUACCUGAUUGCAUAUCAGAAAUAGUAAGAAUAAUGAACAGCGAUAUUUAUAACAUCAUUAGAUGGUGUGAACGAAAUGGUCUUGUACUUAACACGACCAAAACUCAAACUAUUUUGUUUCAAACGAAACGUAUGUCUGUGUCGGACGCUCCAAAGGUCAAAGUUGGAGACAGCCUCAUAGAAUAUUCGGAAACGGUUAAAAAUUUUGGCAUAAUAAUGGACCAUCAUUUGAACUGGAAUGCCCAGGUCAAUUCUGUAUGCAGGAAAGUCUACAAUGCUCUUCAUUCUCUCGCAACUUUAAGAUAUUUCACUCCACAACAUGUUAGACUUCGUCUGGCACGUUCACAACUAGUGCCUCUUUUUGAUUAUGGAGACAUACUUUUCGGACUGGUUUCGCAAAAAAAUUGAGAAAACUCAAUUUAGUUUACAAUGCUGUCACUAGAUAUGUAUACAAUCUCAAAAAAUAUGAUCAUAUCUCCAGUUAUGAAACAUUUCUUUUGGGACGCACCUUUGUCAAUCAUCUCAAGACCAGGAUUUGAAAUCAAACAUUUAAGAUUCUUAACAACCCUCCAAAGUACCUCGCAAACUUUUUCACUUACGCACGAUCAACAAGAGCACCGUUGCUUAUUGUACCUAGAUGUCGUUCAAAUUACUUAAAAAAUUCAUUUCGUCAACGAGCCAUUAAAAUUUGGAAUGAAUUACCAGCACAUUGCAGACAAAAAGGCAACUAUCAUUCAUUCAAAACUUGCAUCGAUACUCUUUUCAAAUGAAAUUAAAGUACAUUAGCAUUUAGAUAAUAGAAAUAGUUGGAUAUAGAAAUAGUAGCAUAUACUUUGAAAACCAGCUGUUGUCUGUCUUCUUCUUUAUUCGAUUUGAUCGUCUUACCACCGAUUGAUCUUGAGCAAUUUCGCUUUGCUGAGAAGAUGCACAUAGAGCCCUUGGAUGAAUUUCGCUUCUAGACGGCGGCAACGCUUCACCUGAAGGACCUAACGUCAGAGGUACUACUUCUUCCUCCAAUUCCUCGUACCGCCUUUUUCUUCCGUGCCUCGAAACCGAUUGUAACACCAUUCUACGUUGUUUAGGCUUCGCUGGCACCCUCAUUUGCCCCCUGUGAGCCGAAACUGGGUGAGAGCCUAAUGCGAUCUGAAUCAUCACUGUCACUGCAGCUGUAGUCAUCCUUAAGACGUUUGAAAUACUCUUGAACAUUGUCUGUCUUCGAAGCGUCGUCCACAAAUUUCACCGUUGUCCUCUGGCUAUUGUUGUAGCGGUAACAAUUUUUUUGAAUAUGGCCUCUUCUGUUGCAAAAAUGGCAGGUGAAAUUCGCGUACCUACCCUUGGUGGCUGAUCUGUCGCCCGACCGAGACCUAUCUCGAAAUGUACGGCGUUUUUCACAAAAUUCGCGAUUUCUACUUCCAGUGCUACCUUGACCACGCUCCCCCUUAAAUCUGUCAAAUCGGCUAUCUCUACUGCCCAAUCGAUGCUUUACUGAAUUUACUCCUACUUCUGAAUUAAUUGUCUGUGCCUGAGAGACAGUUAUCUCGCUGUUCUUAAUCAAACGCUCCGCUGUUCUAGCUGUUAAAUUUUCUUCGUUCAAUAGACGCUUUUGUAAAUCACGAUCGAAAACACCGAACACUAAUUGGUCGCGAAUAGCGUCGUUGCGAUGGGUACCAAAAUCGCAGGACUCCGCCAUCAACUUAAUUGCAAGAACGAAAUUUUCCCCUGACUCUGAUGAACCCUGCUUACGACAUCUGAACUUGUAUCUAAGAACAAUGGUGGAAUCGAUUUUGUCAUAUCUUUCCUUUAGCUCCUUGUGAUAUCAGCAUAUGACAAGGUUCUCAAAUCUGUAGCUGGAUAUAACAACUUCAAUUCCUCAAAUACUGUAAUACCAGCCAAACUAAAAAAAUAUCUUUUCUACGUUCCACUUCAAUGUUGUUAGACGAAAAAAAAUAUUCCACCAUUUCGACAUAGUUUGAGAAAGAUGUGCCAGGCACAUAAGGGUCAACAGCACCAAUUAAAGUCAUUUUGCACUGCACCUUUAUUGCUCCAACGUUUCGUAAAUCCUUCGAAUUCCAAUGGCGGCCUUGGAAAUUUGGCACCAGGCCCUUGGUAGCGCAGACUGUUGGUCACACUUCUCAAAAUUACCUUUUUCCUUUAGCGCGAUCGCUUCUCACUGCUACUCCUUUUUCCCAAUCUUCACGAAGCCUUUUGAUCACUUAUCCACGAUUUCUUCCCAAUGCUACUUGCUUUUCACCGUCGGUUUUUUUUUUCAAUUUCGGGUAUCCUUUACGACGCCGCACUACCUGCGCAACCGAACACUUUUUACUUAUUUUAUCUCCUGACGACGCUCCAACAGCGCAACCGUACAGGGUACAAUCUGCCCAGCAACACACAGCACUACCGACCCCAACAGCAACAGCAACUAGCAACACUCUCCUACAGCAACAGCAAACCAGCACUUUCUUCUCCGCAAUCUUCAAAUUUCCUUUGAAAAAUCACUUUUAUACUGAUCUCCCUAAUUUUCAUGCACUUUUUGUACCACAAUUUUUCUCUUCCAGCCCAGCAGAAUAAAAAUCGCCAAGUGAUCUGCGUACCACAAUCACCCGUACGUUUCACUUUCGCCGGUGCAAUAGAAACAGCCUACUGCAGCGAACAACCCGUAUUCACUAUUGUUUCUAGUCACACAAUACCCUAUACAAGACUCACUAUUGCGUAUAUUCAAAUUUUUCCUCGUCGACAGUUGAGAUGUCUUCUUGCGUAUAAUAAAAACACUUGUUUCGCUGAGGGUUAGAUCACAACUGAUUUGUGUAUUUCGUUCAGAGGGUUUUAUAGGGAUCAACUACAAAAGCUUACAAUACAACAAUAGGUAUAUCACCAGUAUAUGAAUUCUAGCUUGGUAUUGUAUAUCCUUCGUAUAACGGCUGAAACCCGAAGACUGACUUUAAUCAACUCUAAAAAUAAUUGAAACAUACAUAACAGGAGCUUUGGUAUGAAUAAAACCAUUUUUCGAACAUUGCAGUAGAUACUACUUUCGAAAAAUUCGAUGUAGUAUUUACUACAUUGAACAUUUGUCAAAAUGUACUUUGUUUUUAUUUGGGUUGCUAACUCUUGGUUGCUCUUCCACCAAUAAGCAAUCCAGAACGAAUAAAUUAUUAUUGAAAAAUAGUGGUUUUCGCAGCAGUUUCCGUAUUAGCAACGUAUUUAAGUUAUAACAUACAAAAAGAGUACUCCACAUCCGACGCAUACGGUGCCGCGACAUCAGCCUGAGGCCGCGUCAGUACGAUAGAAUAUAUUUGUCUCAAACGAGCAAUGUGCAUCCGCAUUCUCCCAUGUUGGCGUGCCCACGGCCGCUGCCGCGCCACGAGAUAAGAUCCAGAACACUCCACGAGUACCCUCAACUCAACAUAACCACUAUUUUCCAACAAAGUUCAUGACAAACGCAACACCAUCUCCGGCAGGUUAUGUCAAGUCCGCCGGAACUUGCAUUUGAAUGUUAGCUUAUUUUUUGUGUAAAUAAUAUUUGGAGGAUUUUCCGAAAGAAAUUGGAAUAGCCUAAAGAGAAAUACAAUAAAUAACUGAGUAAUAACUCAUGUUCUGCAGUUUAAAAUAUAAGUUAUGAUUUCAGGUACACGCAUCGCAGACUUUGUAGCAACCUCUUGAGCAGACUACAAAUUUCUUGUAGUAAAUACUACUUUUAUUCAUACCGAUUGUGGAGCAUGUUCCACAAAAGUAGUAAGUUCGAAAGUUGUAGUGUAGUAAAUGCUUUUUUUUUAUUUUUAUUCAUACCAAUAACAGUAGUAUUUACUACAAAAUUGUAGUAAACUGUGUGUAACGGUUGUGUUGUGCACACAACGUACAGCAGCUUAAGCGCCACUCCCGGGUUAGGGAGACUGCUGACGCGUUCUACAGGUCCGGCUAUGAGACUCUGUUCUAGGGCGAGUUUACUAGUGGCUCAAACACUCCACAAUGGUCCGAAUCCACGUUUUAGCUGGAAAAAAAUCCGUAUCUCUGUUUUCGUUGAUUUUAGGCGUUUGGUGUCUUCAGAGAAGUUGUUUGCAUUUUUUUGCUGCAUCUUUUCCAAAAAUUUUUGAUUAGGGUGGUCCUCGUCUUAACUCAAAUCUGGAAAAGAAUUUUUUAAUUUCAAGUCAUACGCGAUCGAGUUCUUCAGAAAAAUUGUAGGCAAUGCUAUUUCGAGCAACUUUGCUGAAUAUGCCGUUUACCUAGCUCUUAAUUUGAACAUAGUAGGUCAAUUUUAAGUUUUGACUUAGGGUGAGCCCCCCAAAAACGGUUUUUUCGCAAUAACUAUUUUAUUUGUUUUUUUUUCGAAGAUGUGAGCUUUGGAGCAUUUGAAGAGCAAGUAAUGACGCAUAUUUGUUCUGAACAUUGCAUGUUGCUAGGUCUUGUCAUUCAAAUGUUAUGGGCAAUUUUGACUUAAAAACAACGAUGUCCUCAAAUGCUUAUAUCUCAUGGAGCUGGUAAAAUAAAAAAAGUUCUUUAAGCGGCAUUUGGAAGGUCACAUAUAAAGCCAAAUGUGGAGCAAAUAUUACAAGAACGUUAUUUUUUAAAUUGGAAUAAAUCGACUCCAAAAAUCCCCUUAAAAAUCGAAAAACUACUUAUAACUCAAAAUUUUAAAGAUAGAGUCAAACUGUCUUCGGAAAAAAUGUGGGGUUUCACCAUACCUAAAAGUUUCCCAUACACGACAUUUUUGUAAAACGUGAAACAAAAGCUUGAAAUUGAUAAUUUGUUUUUAAAUAAUAUAAUCGUUUUGAUUUCCUAGAAAAACAUAGGAUGUACUCCUAAGAAUCAAAUUAUCAAUUUCAAGCUUUUGUUUCACGUUUUGAAAAAAAAAUCGUGUAUGGAAAACUUGUAGGCAUGGUAAAAACCUACAUUUUUUCCGAAGACAGUUUGACUCUAUCUGGAAUUGUAUGAGUUAUAAGUAGUUUUUUCAAUUUUUAAGGGGAUUUUUGGAGUCGAUUUAUUCCAAUUUGAAAAAUAACGUUCUUGUAAUAUUUGCUCCAAAUUUGAAUUUAUAUGUGACCUUCCAAAUGCCGCUUAAAGAUUUUUUUUUAUUUUACCAGCUUCUAGAGAUAUAAGCAUUUGAAAACAUCGUUGAUUUUAAGUCAAAAUUGCCCAUACCAUUUGAAUGACAAUACCUAGCAACAUGCAAUGUUCAGAACAAAUAUGCACACUAAGAUUCAGAUGUUCCAGCUCAGUAAUUUAUUCACUGAGUUCAGUAUUUUUUCCAUCUUUUUACUGAGUUUUCAACAGCAGAUUUAUUUCGGUACACUCGGUAAUCGUAUUUACCGUUCACCAGUAACGAUAUUUACCGUGCUUCAGUAGCUUUUGACAGUUUGUGAGCUGAGCUCGGUAACUCAUUUACAGAAUAUCCGCAAAAUAAAUAACCGAGCGUACCGAGUUAAAUCUGCUGUUGAGAACUCAGUAAAAAGAUGGGGAAAAUACCGAGCUGAUCUUAGUGUGUGCGUCAUUACUUGCUCUUCAAAUGCUCCGAAGCUCACAUCUUCGAAAAAAAUCAAAUAAAAAAGUUAUUGCGAAAAAACCGUUUUUGGGUGGCUCACCCUAAGUCAAAACUUAAAAUUGACCUACUAUGUUCAAAUUAAGAGCUAGGUAAACGGCGUAUUCGGCAAAGUUGCUUAAAAUAGCAUUGCCUACAACUUUGCUGAAGAACUCGUUCGCGUAUGCCUUGAAAUUUUAAAGUUCUAUUCCAGAUUUAAAUUAAGACGCGGACCACCCUAAUCAAAAAAUUUUGGAAAAGAUGCAGCAAACAAAUUCAAACAACUUCUCUAAAGACACCAAAUGCCUAAAAUUAACGAAAACAGAGAUACGGAUUUUUUUCCUGCUGACGACCCCAAACUGAAGCACCAACGAAUUAGGAAUUGGAAAAAGGAUCUCCGAGUAAAAAAAUUAAAACGAUUAAAGCGAUAGAAAUCAAUCAAUUUUAAGAACAAGCGGUAUUCUAUUCAAGGCCUUCAUAUAUUCUUACAAUUAGGGGGAAAUCUGCUGAGGAAAGGUCCCUAUCCCCCCCCCAUUAACAGGAUCCUGGCUCCGCUACUGACAGAGUCUCAUAGCCGGACCUGUAGAACGCGUCAGCAGUCUCCCUGGGAGUAGCGCUUAAGCUGCUGUACGUUGUGUGCACAACACAACCGUUACAUUUGGCGCCCAACGUGGGGCCCAAGCAGUUUGGGCAAUUAGUUUGAUUUUUCGAAUUUUGUUGAAUUUCAGUAGAUCGGUAAAUUUUUCUUUGAAUAGUUGUUAAGUUGAUUAUUGGAUUUGGUUUAGUUUAAGUUUAAAUUGGAUUAUUUUCUUUCGAUAUUGAAUUAGUGAAUAUACUUGUAUAUAAUAAGAUUUGUUUAUUUGUGCUGUUCCUUCUAUAGAAAUAGGUAUAAUUUUUCUUUUUUUUCUUUCCCUUUUCGUUAUCAAAGUGACUUUUAUUACAUAUCAUUGAAUUGGCUCUGAAUUUGCCUUGAAUUUUUAUUAUUUUUCCGUUCAAAGAUGGACGAUCAGAUGGGUCAAAAUAUGACCUCUAAUUCCCAAAGAACUUUGGUAACCCCUCCUCUGUGGGAAUCUGACUUUUCUCGCGAGGGAAAUCAAGCCGAAGCUGGCCAAUAUCGCGGGCAACGUCUUGCCUGGGCCGAUCAAAUGAUUCGAAAUCACUCGAUGGACAGUCGUUUGCCGGCAGCUAACAAUCUGCAAUCCGAAAUGAAACGCGCCUCAAGAGUGAAUAUGUCCGCGGAUGGUUUUCCACUCCCAUUCCGAGCGGUUCAUUCCACCACUACGCAGGACACUCCUUCGGGUAGUGCUUGAUUACGAGCACCAAACAAUUCCCAAUUUUCCGAACCGAUCGCGAGUGCCACUCGAUACAGCCCUGCCAACCUUUUGACUGGUGGCAAUUUGGCUUCAGGUAUGCAAGCAAAUACCACGUCGACGGCGGGUCUGCUUCCGGAGAUGGUAUCGACAUCCGUUGAAGGGGACAUGAGACCGUUGUUGAACUCGACUGUCCAGACUAAUCUCUCACAUCACACCGCAUUGCCAUGUGUACCGAUCUCAGAAUUGGUGGACUCGGCCUACAGGACGGGAACUCAGCGUGGAUCAUCUCAGACGUUGAAUCCUUUUCUCUCAGAACCCGGAAGUAACUGUCCAGAGACCUUUGCAACUCCAGGACCUUCGAGCCGAAAUUCUCAUCCAAUCCAGCCAGGGCUACCGUCCCCGACACAACCUGAAAAUGACACACAAUUUACACAAAACUUCGUACAUGUUUCAGAAAUUCAAAACUAUGUUGAGACGUACGUUCGGCAACUGUUGACAAAUCCAGCAGGUCGGCCAAUAAUUCCUGAUUCCUCGAUUGACGGGCUUGCCCAGCAAAUGAGAGGAGUCGGUAUUCAGGAAGUAAAUCGGUCUCCAAUGCCUCAGCCCUCCUCGGACCUCCAAGGGCGUCCAAGACUUUCUCCGCCUUUACAAAUUCAAUCCGCUGGUCAUUCAGAACGAUUUCUGGAAAACAGAGAGGAAUCGAUGAACGAAAAUACACCAAUGAUUUUCAGACAGGUUUUGCGCAACUCUUUUCCGAGUUUCCAGAAUCCAGUUUAUCCGGGUAGGCCUACUGCCCCCCACGAACAAGGGCAACGCUAUGAACCAACCGUUCGACCAAACUAUUCACCGGACCCUUCCCCGAAUCCUUCGAUGAGGGGUAAUGGAAUCCAAAACCCGAUUCAACGAGGAAGAUUGCCUCAUCAAACAUGUAGUAUUUUGGAAAAGUGGCCGAAGUUUGCUGGGGAUGCAAGUCCAAUUCCAGUAGUCGAUUUUCUUCGGCAGAUCGACCUUUUGUGUCGCUCAUACCAGAUCACUAAAGAGGAGCUGAGAACACAUGCUCAUCUUUUGUUUAAGGAGGAUGCUUACGUAUGGUAUACCGCCUAUGAACCAAAAUUUGACUGUUGGGAUACCUUGCUGGUUUACCUUUGAAUGCGUUACGACAAUCCAAAUCGCGACCGAUUCAUUUAAGAGGAAUUGCGUAACCGAAAGCAGCGUCCAAAUGAGCUUUUUAGCGCAGUCCUCACAGAUAUUGAAACUCUUUGUCAGAGAUUGAAGAAAAAACUCUCGAACGACGAAAAGUUGGACAUUGUCACCGAGAACAUGAAAAUGUCGUACAAAAGACGUUUGGCAUUGGAAAAGAUUGAAUCGUUAGAGCAUUUGUCCCAACUUUGCUAUAAGUUUGAUGCACUCAAAGGAAACCUUUACAACCCCCGUGGUCCAAAUAAACCUCUAGGGGUCAAUGAGAUACACUGUGAGGAACCGGAUGUCGUAUUUUAUGAAACCGAGUCUGACGAGUUGGAAAUUUCUGCUCUUCAAACUCGCCAAGGGCAAACUGAUCGUUUAAGAGAUCAGCCAACCCGCAAACCUGAAGGAACUAACCGCUCCAAUCCGUUGUGCUGGAAUUGUCGAAAAGUGGGACACUUGUGGAGGGAAUGUGACAAGAAAAAAGCUGUCUUUUGUCACAUAUGUGGGCAGCCAGAAACCACAGCCUUUCGAUGCCCACAGCAGCACGACAUUCGACCUGCGUACGAAGCAAAGUCAAAAAACGAGUAGACAAGGAGUUUUUCGGGAACCGAUCUCCUUCGAUCUCUCCCAAUAUCAAUAUGGUUCCCCCAAGCCCAUUUUCGCAAUUCAACCAGACGUAUUUGAUCCAGACUUGUUUCCGUCGUUGUCCCCAUUUAACCGUAUCGAUACUAGACACUGAAGUUGAAGGACUGGCUGAUACUGGGGCAAGUGUGUCAAUAAUUAGUUCGUUGCAUUUGAUUGAACGCCUUGGAUUAAAAAUACAAAACUGUAAUAUGAACAUCCUAACAGCUGAUCGAACGUCUUACACAUGCCAAGGAUACGUAAACAUACCUUUUCGGUACCAGGGAAAAACGAAAGUGAUUCCAACCUUGAUAGUGCCGGAGAUUUCGAAAGAUUUGAUCUUGGGUGUGGAUUUCUUAAGAGCUUUCAAUUUUCGCUUAAUUUGCCAUCCGGACCAAAACUCCAAGCAAAACUCCUCCGGUGAAUCGUUUGUCGAGAGUGCAGAACAAGCUUCGUCUCUUAAUUAUGUUCAGAACUAUUUCGGAGAUGAGGAGGACCAAAUAUGCUUCCAGCUGGUACCUUCCAUCAAUCCGAGCUUUCCCGAGGAGGUACCUGAGUUAGACGAAAGUCUCGAGAUGCCUACGGUCGAAAUUCCUACAAAAACUUAUAAAGAACCGGGAGAAAUUGAAACAGAACAUAAUUUAACGAGUGACCAGCAAACGAGAUUGUUUCAAGCAAUUCAAUAUCUGCCAAUGACUAAGGAGGGCAGUUUAGGUCGAACGCAUGUACUGAAACACUCCAUUGAAUUGCUUCCUGGAGCAACUCCGAAACGAGUUCCUUCUUACCGGUGGUCACCCGCGGUGGAAAAAGUUAUUGAUGAAGAAAUGGAUCGCUUACUACGUCUGGAUGUGAUUGAGGAAUGCGAAGGUUCUGCGGACUUUAUUAACCCUCUGUUGCCGAUUAAAAAGCCCACGGUAAAUGGCGAAUCUGUUUGGAUUCUCGUCGAUGAAAUUCCUUAACUAAAAAGGACGAUUUUCCCAUACCGAAUAUGUCGGUUAUUUUACAGAGAAUUAAGCGCGCUCGCUAUUUUUCUGUCAUCGAUUUAACCGAGUCCUACUACCAAGUUGAAUUGGAGAAUGAGGCCAAAAACAAAACGGCAUUUCGAACCAACAAAGGUUUGUACAGGUUUAAAGUCAUGCCCUUUGGGCUGACGAAUGCGCCCGCCUCAAUGGCUCGCCUCAUUGUGAAAGUAUUAGGCCACGAUUUAGAGCCCUUCGUCUACGUCUAUUUAGACGAUAUUAUUAUUAUGUCAGAAACAUUAGAGGACCACCUUCAGUUAAUCAGGAUUGUAGGUGAACGGUUGACUAAAGCGGGAUUGACUAUUAACAUCUUGAAAUCUCAGUUCUGCAAGACUAGCAUUCGAUACCUGGGGUACGUGCUAUCGGAAGAUGGCCUGUCUAUGGAUGUAGCAAAAAUUCAGCCCAUCCUAGAUUAUCCGGCUUCCCGUACCGUCAAAGACGUAAGGCGUUUACUUGGUCUAGCCGGAUUUUAUCAAAAAUUCAUUGAAAAAUAUUCGGAGAUCAAGGUUCCUAUUACAGAUCUCUUGAAAAAGGGGCGACGUAACUUUGUGUGGACCAAGGAAGCGGAUGAAGCGCUGAAAACUUUAAAAGAAGCAUUAGUGUCGGCUCCCAUAUUGGCAAACCCCGACUUUUCGCAGGCCUUUAUAAUUGAAACUGACAGUUCCGACAAGGCGAUCGGGUCCGUAUUAGUCCAGAUCCAGAAUGGGGAACGAAAAUUUAUCGCCUAUUACUCGAAAAAGCUGUCGAGUACCCAGCGGAAAUAUAGUGCGACUGAGCGAGAAUGCCUUGCGGUCUUGCUCAGUAUUGAGAAUUUUCGCCACUUUGUGGAAGGGCACCGCUUCAUUGUCCAGACCGAUGCUAUGAGUCUGACCUUUUUGCAGACCAUGAGCAUCGAAUCCAAAAGCCCUCGGAUCGCUCGUUGGGCCUUAAAAUUGUCCAAGUAUGAUGUAGUCUUGCAGUAUAAGAAAGGGUCCGAAAAUGUAUCCGCUGACGCAUUGAGUCGAACUGUUUUCGCCAUAGAUACCGGUCUGACCGACCCGUAUAUCGAAGGGCUAAAAUAUCAAAUUGAGAAAAACCCAGAAAACUUCCGCAACUUCAAGAUUGUCGAUGGAAGAAUAUUCAAAUUCAUUACGAAUUCCACACUUCCUGAGGAUCCAUCUUUUAGAUGGAAAGAAGUUCUACCCUUAUUGGAAAGAAAGCCAACAAUCGAGGGAAUUCAUAACCAGGCCCACCUAGGCUUUCUCAAGACUCUACAAAAAGUUCGGGAACGGUACUAUUGGCCCCGAAUGGCGAGCCAGAUCAAGCAAUUCUGUGCCAGCUGCCUUGUAUGCAAGGAAUCUAAAGUUCCGAAUCUAAACGUACGCCCACCGUGUGGGAAGCCUAAGUUAUGUAGUCGACCCUGGGAGGUAAUUUCAAUCGACUUUCUGGGCCCUUAUCCAAAGUCUAAAAAAGGGACUGUUUGGAUUUUGGUCAUCUGCGACUUUUUCUCGAAGUUUGUCCUAGUCCAGUGCAUGAAAGCCGCCACGGCCCCUGGUGUGUGUGCGGUAAUGGAAAACCUAGUUUUCAAUCUUUUCGGAGCACCAUCCGUUUGUGUUACGGAUAAUGCCAAAGUGUUUCAGUCCGAAAUGUUUCGAAAACUUUUGACUCAGUACGGUGUAACGCAGUGGAAUCUCGCGGUUUACCAUCCGAGCCCUAAUCCUGCGGAACGCGUAAACCGUGUUAUCGUGACCGCUAUCCGCUGUUCUCUGAAUCGGCAAUCUGAUCAUAAAAACUGGGACGAUACUUCUUCUUCUUCUUGGCGUAACGUCCUAACUGGGACAAAGCCUGCUUCUCAGCUUAGUGUUCUAUGAGCACUUCCACAGUUAUUAACUGAGAGCUUCCUCUGCCAAUGACCAUUUUGCAUGUGUAUAUCGUGUGGCAGGCACGAAGAUACUCUAUGCCCAAGGAAGUCAAGGAAAUUUCCUUUACGAAAAGAUCCUGGACCGACCGGGAAUCGAACCCGUCACCCUCAGCAUGGUCAUGCUGAAUACCCGUGCGUUUACCGCCUCGACUAUAUGGGCCCUAAACUGGGACGAUAAUGUACACCAAAUUGCGGCUGCGAUCAGGACCAGCGUGCACGAGAGCACCGGGUUCACACCGUAUUUCGUAAAUUUCGGCCGCAACAUGAUCAGCACUGGUACUGAAUAUGAUCAUCUUCGAGACUUAGAUACCGAUAAGGAGUACAAUCCGUCGCAUAGAAGCAUCGAAGUCCAUAAAAUGUACGAAAUAGUUCGACAAAACUUGCACUCCGCCUAUCAACGUUAUUCCCGUCCGUAUAACUUGAGGGCCAACACAAAACACACUUUUAGCCCUGGUGAUGUCGUGUACAAGCGAGACAUAAACUUGUCGGAUAAAGACAAACGGUUUGUCGGUAAAUUUGGCACUAAAUACAGCCGCGCGAAGGUUUUAACCGCUCUAGGGAAGAACACAUACGCCCUAGAAGACGAAAAGGGUAAUCGAAUUCCAGGAACGUUUCAUGGGUCUUUCCUGAAAAAGGCCUGAAAGAAUUUCAACAAAAAUUAGUCCAUCUUUUCAAAAAAAGAACAUAAGCUAUGACUGCUCUACAAUUACCGGAUAUUGCAUAAACUAUGAGAAAACCUAACCAAACACACAAAAUCAGUGGUGCUACGGUUCAGUCACGAUACGAGAUGUCCACGAGUUUCCUCGGUCGUUGACCUCUCAGAAAGUGCAUCGGUGCAAAUAACCAUCAGCUAUGAAAGUGCAUCCGCCAGAUGCACUAACAAUUGCCACGUUAAAUUCACAAACAAAAUACUCUUUGUGGUGCACAGGCAAAUCAGUCCAACGUUAGAGAUGUCCAAUGGUUUCCUCACGUGUGAACGCAAAUUCAGCUUCGCAUAAAUUGGAGUCAGCCUAGAAUCUGCUCAACCAGGCAAAGGUCUUUGACCUCGCAUUGCGAAGCUAUUCUUCUACUAUGGAUCAGAUCUCCUUUGUUUGCAAAUGAGAGCUUCUGAUCAUCGUAGAGCACGUUUAUAGAUAAGUCACUUUGAUAUUUUAAGCACUUGUCCAUGUAAAUCACUAUUUUCACUAAAUUCUUCGUAAUCACUGUAGCUUCGUAUAUUUGUUUCUCGUAGUUUUUGUAUCUGCCAGUAAUGUUGUAAUAUCAUCGAUCAUCCUGUAAAUUUAGAAAAGAUUUCAGUAUACUUACCACGAUAGCAUUCUUACAUCCAUCUCCGUCGAGUUCACUUUUUCAUCUAACGAGUGUUGGCACUUCUUGUCAGCACUCACACAAAACUCUCACAAUACGAGUUACUAUGUUGACUGUAAGGUAUGUUCAGGGCGCGAAUGAGUUGGAAUGAGAGUCGGUUAGAUCAAUUAAGUAAGGUUUUGAAAUCCGUUUCCAAUUUGUAAAUUGGAGUUAUCGGUUCGGCCACGAUUGGUUUCCUGAAGUUUCAAGAGUAAUUUGGAUUACGAGUAAUAUUGUUUUCAGAGAUUUCUGAAGUCAUUAGUAAUAGUUUGAAGAGAAUGUAUGGUGAGUAAGAAUCGAAGUAGAGAGUGGAAGGCAUGUAGAUGGAACAGUGCAACAUAGGAAUUCAGUUUAGUAAAUAUUUCAUUCUUUUCAAUAAUCAUUCUCAUAAAUUCAGUUCAAUUCAGCUUUUCAGAAUUUAGUUAACGUCCAUCAACCAAACUACAUCCAAUAAGUACUUUUGUCAUUUUAUUCGUGUUUAAUGUUAAAAAAAAUGUAAAAAAAAUCAUAAAAAUUUUGAAAUUUUCAAAAAAAUUUCAAAAUUUUUAUUUGUUUAGCAUGGGCGAAAUGUAACGACUUUUAAUGAUCUGCUGAGUGAUUCCCUAGGAAUCCCAUCGGAAAAUACAACUGACAGCAUGUUUAGUACUAUCGCCCAAGAAAAGGGGAAAUUGCUACGCUCGCGUUACGGAAUAUAUGGCACCACUCAGAACCUCCUAUAAUCUCAACUCUGAGCCAAACGAAUUGAGUAUGAGUGCCUGCAGAGUGAGAUGGCUCAUACCCAAGCGAUAUGGAUCGCAUUAGGGAUUGCGACACCUACUCUGGAUAGGAAAGAGAAUCCCCGGAUCACGCAUCACGCGGCAGGUUGUUUAUUGUCUGCAUGAGGAUCAUCCGAUGGAUCGGAUGAUAAUCCGUUAAUAUGCAAAUUAGACGGCAGAGCCUAGAUGAGGCAUUUGUAGGCGAAAAGCGAUCAAUCAGUUUUUCGGAGCCAAGCGUUAUAGACGUGCAGUGACGUAUAUCUAGAUCCCAAACCUCGAUCCCAAAGUGUUCAUAAGUGAAUAGGAGUUUAAGAGUUGCAUCUGUGCCUAAGAAGUUGAAGUAGUGAGGUGAGAAAACGACAGUUUUUGUACAAAAUUUGGUAAACCAACUAGAAUAUUGUGUAAUUUCCCGAAUUUAGGAACAAGAUUCGAAAGCUAGCUACUCCUUUUUGAAUUGUGUGCUUUGCUAAAAAAAAACAAAACAUAGGUAAGGAAAAUGUGAUCAGAACCUAAUGUGAUAUGAAACCUAAUGUCGUGUCGUUGUGUCGUUGUUGGGUAGUUUUCCUUCAACGAAGGGACACCGACGGUGAAGGAAUUUGUCGCCUCCGGUGCAUCUCGUCGCGCGACACCUUUCGAUACAACCCAGCCAGCCGCUUCGCAACACCACGAUCAGCACAGAAUUUGUAACAAACCGUAAGUUAAUUAGAUAAACUUUGAGCUCAAAGAUAGGGACCUUUCUCCCCAAUUGUAAGAAUAUAUGAAGGCCUUGAAUAGAAUACCGCUUGUUCUUAAAAUUGAUUGAUUUCUAUCGCUUUAAUCGUUUUAAUAGGCUCCUAAAGUCCUAUCGGGAUUCUUGUUUUAAACCACUAUAUAUGGUUCAAGAGUACAUAUUUACUCAUUUUUUGACGUUUUUAUUAACCGUAGUUGAAAAUAUAUAAUUUUUAUUUUUUUAGCCUUUUGUCUCGUCCCUAGCUUAUAACACAUACUUGGAGUGAUUUUUUUCACCGUGUAUGUUAGAUAGGAACAUUUUUGAAAUCCCAGUGCGAAAAAUGUCGAGCUCAGUCACACAAGGUUGACCCCAAAUGUCAAAGUAGAACUAUAUACCAUUUUACUUAUUUCAAAUUUUCUCAUUAUUCCUUUGUUUUUCAAGUUCGAGUAAAAUACAAUUCCGAUUAGAAUACCAUGCUUGAUCGCAUUAUUCAAUAUAAUCGAGAUUCCGUCUUUAAUUUUAGGACCCUAUUCUUUUACUCGGAGAUCCUUUUUCCAAUUCCUAAUUCGUUGGUGCUUCAGUUUGGGGUCGUCAGAGAACAGAGUGUUUGAGCCACUAGUAAACUCGCCCUAGAACAGAGUCUCAUAGCCGGACCUGUAGAACGCGUCAGCAGUCUCCCUAACCCGGGAGUGGCGCUUAAGCUGCUGUACGUUGUGUGCACAACACAACCGUUACACACAGUUUACUACAAUUUUGUAGUAAAUACUACUGUUAUUGGUAUGAAUAAAAAUAAAAAAAGCAUUUACUACACUACAACUUUCGAACUUACUACUUUUGUGGAACAUGCUCCACAAUCGGUAUGAAUAAAAGUAGUAUUUACUACAAGAAAUUUGUAGUCUGCUCAAGAGGUUGCUACAAAGUCUGCGAUGCGUGUACCUGAAAUCAUAACUUAUAUUUUAAACUGCAGAACAUGAGUUAUUACUCAGUUAUUUAUUGUAUUUCUCUUUAGGCUAUUCCAAUUUCUUUCGGAAAAUCCUCCAAAUAUUAUUUACACAAAAAAUAAGCUAACAUUCAAAUGCAAGUUCCGGCGGACUUGACAUAACCUGCCGGAGAUGGUGUUGCGUUUGUCAUGAACUUUGUUGGAAAAUAGUGGUUAUGUUGAGUUGAGGGUACUCGUGGAGUGUUCUGGAUCUUAUCCCGUGGCGCGGCAGCGGCCGUGGGCACGCCAACAUGAGAGAAUGCGGAUGCACAUUGCUCGUUUUAAACAAAUAUAUUCUAUCGUACUGACGCGGCCUCAGGCUGAUGUCGCGACACCGUAUGCGUCGGAUGUGGAGUACUCUUUUUGUAUGUUAUAACUUAAAUACGUUGCUAAUGCGGAAACUGCUGCGAAAACCACUAUUUUUCAAUAAUAAUUUAUUCGUUCUGGAUUGCUUAUUGGUGGAAGAGCAACCAAGAGUUAGCAACCCAAACAAAAACAAAGUACAUUUUGACAAAUGUUCAAUGUAGUAAAUACUACAUCGAAUUUUUCGAAAGUAGUAUCUACUGCAAUGUUCGAAAAAUGGUUUUAUUCAUACCAAAGCUACUACUUUGGCGUGGAUCAUAUUUCAAAGUAGUAACUACAAAGUAUGAGUAGUUACUACUUUUUAUUCAUACGGGCCAUUGUUUUCCAUGUAGCAUCAGAUUCUUAAAAAAAUGUACACAAACCAAAAUCUUCUGAAUAACAUGUUAACAUUUGAAUUAAAUUAAAUUAAAUUUACAUUCCUAAUUUUGAUCUUAACCAGUUAGUUAUUCACAGCCAUGUUGUCUUACAGUAUCACCGACUGUCUACAGUAUAGACACUAUAAAUACCAUAAACUCGCGGAGGCUAAGACAACUGUAGCCAAACGAACUGUCAGUUCGUGUAGCCAAACGAGCAUGACGUCACGAAUUCAGUUGCGAUAACACUAGUUUACAAAAUAAAACGAAAGUCGUGAACUUCUGUCAACGACCAAAAUUUUUAAAGCAUAAUUUAGCGCUGAUUUCGAAACCGUGCUUCAAAAAAUUUAAAGUAGAACAGUUUUUAAGUUUUAGCUCAAAAUCGUGUUUUACAACUUUUUAAAAUAUGGAAUUUAAUAAAAUUCAAAUAUCUUGCGUCUUGUUCAACCAAUUUUAAAUCUUUUUCCAUAAAUUAAAAGCGGAAUAUAAUACCAUUCGAUCAUCUGAAUGCAGGUUUUGCGUCAGAUUGAUAAAAUUCAAGAUAUUGGCGAGUUUUGGGAACGAUCUCCUCAAAUUUUAGCAAAAUUUUCAAAAAUAUAUGAAGAAAUGUUUUUUUUUCAAUAGGAAAAAAAACAAUUUAAAAAUUCUUUCUCAACGUUUUUUGACAUAUCAUAUGUAGGCGAAAUACAGCUCAAUCGGAGUAUUGAUUACGGAGAAUGAGGUGUGUAAAGUGAGCGACUUUGCUUAAAAACAGAACAAAAAUCGAUUUCAAAUCAUCAACCUUGUAUGGAAAGUCGAAAAAAAAUCCGCUCUACUGUAUUUUUUUUCCUUCGCGUUUUCAAACUCAGGGCAUGAUUCUACACCAAAAACGAUCAUCAGCUUACCGAGUUCAAAAAUGCUGUAAACUAGUGUAAUAGGCCAUAAGAAUAAAGCUGAGUAAAUACUCUUUACUCAGAUCUCUGUGAAGUUUCACAAAGAUUUGCUCCACGGCUUCACAUAGAUUAAGUAAAGAGUAUUUACUCAACUUUAUGCAUACGGCCUAAUGGAUUGCGUGACGUCAUAUUCGCUCGGUACACUCUAAAUUCACGGUAAAACACACUUAAAUCGUAUUGCUCAACCAUGUCUCCGCGAGUCUAUGGAAUCUAUAGUGUCUAUAGUCUACAGGGGUAUCAUGGAUCAAUGGUAGAUCAUACUAUGCUCUGCUUGGUCCACCUCAUGCAAACUAAAAAAAAAACAUUUUUUGCGUAUGUGCCACUCUUCCUCACACCAAAAGACUAGCAUGCUCCUGGUUGUUAAAACCUGGAGUUCAAUGUGACCGGAACACAUGAGACGAUAGCUAAUAUUUCACUAUUUGAUCAAUGACAAAGAGAUAUUCAUCUUCGUCUUCUUUUUUUUCUGUCCAUGUUGUGUUUUUACAUCGGCUGCGUCUAGUGGCUAAGCCCUCAAUUACGACGCCCAUGGAGACUACAGUCACCACACCCGGGACCCUACAUAUCGAACCCAUCAACACAUGGGCCGGGACCUACGUCUUCACUUCCUAUCCGAGGAAAGGCGUGAUAAGAUAUUUUUUUUCUAAGAAAUGUUGGACAAAAUCGGAUAUUAACAGGUAAAAAACGGGACUUUUAGAAAGGAACUAUUUUAUUACAACGCAUUCGAUUUUACACAGUCGAGACUAGUGAUCGAGUUGGAUAAUGAAGUCGGAAACGGAAAUACAAUAUCAAAAUGUCAAAAAAGCAAGAACAUAGUUGAUCUGUCUGUCGAUGUUGUCGUAGUGCGAUGGGCGCACACUCUAGCGGCAAGUGGUGGAAAUUCUAACACUCCUCCUCACCAGGUGCCGCAACCUUCCCUGGAUGCAAAGUAUCUAAAUACCAAGGUAAGAGAUUCUCGCUAAUAUUCACGGAUUAGUGAGAAAAGGAAAAAAAGCAAAAAAUAGUUAUGAAGUUUGCGCUGAUUUGUAUGGGCACAUCACUAUUUAGCAAACUUUCUUAAGAAAUUAAGCACUCCCAUCUUAGAAGCUAUUAUUUAAUUGCAUCUGACUGGAUUAAAUGUGACCUCCAUGCAAUAAAACAGAAAAUAUCGCCAUUUGAAAAUCGGUAACAAAUUUUUUUUUAAUUGAUUCUAAACAUAUUUUUUCAGCAUUUAGAAACAUCCAAACUAACAAAACUUCACAAACUUUGCUGAAAUAAUGACAUUUUAGUGUAAAAACACCAACUUUUCAUAACUAACGCAGAUGUGUUGGUGAGUCUCAUUUUUGACAUUUACGGGAAUCUCUUACCUUGGUACAUAUUUAUAUACUUUGCCCUGGAUGAAGCGCGAGCAGCUUGGAUAACUGCCUGACCUUCGUUGUUCCCAGCGGCUUCGUCAAAAGGUCAGCCGCCAUGGUUUCGCUAGGACAGUAUUCGAGCCGGAUCACCUUUUGGUCGCACAGUUCACGCACAUAUCUCUCCUUCGUUUUUAUGUGCUUUGACCGACGACUAACUCGGUCUGAGUGUAUGAACUGUAUGCACCCUUGAUUAUCUGCCAUAACACACGUCGGUCCUUCGAGAGUCUCACCCAUGUCGGUAAGAAAUCGCCUCAACCACACAGCUUCUUGAGUAGCUUCUCCAAGAGCUACGUAUUCGGAUUCCAUUGAACUGAGCGUAACACAAUGUUGAAGCCUGCUGCCCCAAGAAAUUGCUCCUCCGGCGUAUAGAAAGACAAACCCAGUAGUUGAACGACGAGUGUUGAUGUCACCUGCCCAGUCGGCAUCCGAGAACCCGGCAAAAUUGGCUUCGUUGUUGUACUCCAAACGUGCGCUCUUGGUUGAGUACAGGAAACGGAGGACCCUUUUAGCCGCGUUCCAAUCAUUUUCUGUGGGUGCACAUACCUUCGACCAAGGAUGGAUGCGCUCACGGCCACGUCGGGUCGAGCACAUACCGCUACGUACAAUAGGGCGCCAACGAGACUCCGAUACGCCGAAUUGUCGGAGAAUGGUGUACUGCUAUCCGUUGUCGAAAUAAAUCCAGUGUCCAUUGGACUCUUAGCGGCCUUGGCAGCUUGAAGUCCAUACAUUUGAGCGAUUCUAUCAAUGUAUCCCUCCAAACUAACGCUGUACUUCCCAUCAUGACGUUGAAUCUCCAGACCUAGGAAGUAGCCUGGCUCUCCCAAGUCUGUGAUGUCGAACUCCCUUUUCAGUGCUCUGGUUAUCUUGUCGAUUUCAGCGGAGCUCCGACACGCAACGAGAAUGUCGUCAACAUAAACUAGCAAGAAGACUUGCAAUCCACCGACGACCUUGGUGUAGAGGCAUUGAUCUGAUUCGCUUUGCUUGAACCCCAGUUGCUGCAACACGGCAUGCAGACGCUGGUUCCAACACCUGGCCGACUGCUUCAGGCCAUAAAUGCUACGGCGAAGUCGGCAAACCAGUCGCUCUUUCCCUUUGACGAUGAAACCUGGUGGCUGUUUCAUAAACAGUUCCUCGUCUAAGCUACCGUAAAGGUAAGCAGUCUUAACGUCUAGGUGGCGUAGGGUCAGAUUACGUUGAGACGCCACAGCCAACAAUGUGCGGAGCGUUGUCUGCUUGAUAACAGGGGCGAAGGUCUCCUCAAAAUCCUCUCCGUGUUUCUGUGUGUAGCCCUGUGCUACUAAACGAGCCUUAUGUUUGACGAUCUCGUUCGACGCACCACGUUUGAUUUUAUAAAUCUAUCGACAGCCGACCGCUUUACGCUACGGUGGCAGUUCGGUUAGCUCCCACGUACCGUUCUUGAUAUGGUACUCGACCUCCUCCUGCAAGGCAGUGCGCCACUCAGCUUCGUCGGGUUCAGCUAGGGCUUCCUGAAGACUCACUGGUUCCGUAUCAGUUUCGGUAGGAGCACAAAAUAUCUCCUCUAACAAUCUUCGUGGAGGAACACCUUUGUUGACACGUGAAGAACGACGAAGGCUUCCCAUCAGUUCCAUAUCGCCGGCUUGAGGUUCGGCUUCCGUUUCAUCGUCCGUUUCAUCCCCCGACGCAGCAUCUUCUUCGGCUUCUUCGAUUUCGAUUACUUCUUCUUCGGCCAAGGGCAGCUGCAGCUGAUGGCCGGCGGUCGAGGCCGUACCCUCACUCGUACCUGCUUCUUUCACCGCACGAACAGCAUCAGAAAGCUCCAAAAAUUUCACAUCUCAGCCAACUGUAACCCGGUUUGUCGAGAGAUCAAGGAAGCGGUAGGCCUUCCUCCCUUCGGCAUAUCCUACGAACACCAUCUUUUUCGCAUUGGGAUCAAGCUUACGCCUUUUCACAUCUGGUACGUGAACAUAUGCUUCGGCUCCGAAGACACGCAGAAAUGAGUAAUCGGGAUUCUUGCCCCACCACCGUUCGUACGGCGUCACGUCAAUCGCAGCAGUCGGUAGCAUAUUCAAUAGAAGAUUCGCAGUUGUCACAGCUUCUCCCCAAUAUUGUUUCGUCAAGCCAGCUUCCGACAAAAGGCACCGCAUCAUUUCCUGCAACGUGCGGUUCUUUCGUUCUGCCGUGCCAUUUUGCUGCGGGCUGUACGGCGCCGUUUGCUCCAGAAGGAUUCCGUUCUCGUCAAGAAAUUUCCUCAAAGCAGCACCGGAGUAUUCUCCUCCUCCAUCGAAGCGUAUCACCUUUGGCAGCCGGCCGAACUGGUUCUGGAGCAUCCUGGAGUACUCCACGGUUUUUCCGGCAGCCUCCGAUUUGUUGGCCAGCAGAUAGAGAACACAGUACCGGCUGUAAUCGUCCACCAUAGUCAUCAGAUAUCGAUUUCCGUGCGGUGUCGACACCUCCAGAGGGCCGCACAAAUCGGUAUGGACAAGGUCGCCAACAGCACUCGACGUAGACGAAGACUUCUUUGGAAACGGCGCACGUGCCAUCUUACUUUCGCAGCAUACGCCGCACUCGGAAUUCACGGCACAUUUUUCCAUCUUCAGCCCGGUUCCCAGGCCAUCUCGGACGAUCCUCUCAAUUGCUCGUGUAUCGCGAUGUCCAAGACGACGGUGCCAUACGUGGAUACAAUCUUCGUUAUAGCCCACAACUGUCGCGAACACCUUCUGGACAGAAGACUUCAGCCGAUACAAAUUACCACAUCUUUCAGCGCGGAGCAAAACCUUACCAUUUUUCUGGAUCUCACAGUCCGUCUUGGUGAAAAUCAAGGAGCAACCUUCAUCGGUCAUUCUACUUACCGAUAGUAGGUUUCCCGCCAACGCCGGGACAUGGUAAACCUGUUUGAUGGUCACAGGCACGUCCUUACCAUUUCCACCCAGCUUACGGAAUCGCAUAGAUCCGGCUCCCACAGCAGCGAUUUUGUUACCGUCAGCCAGUCCAAUCGUCGUGUUCACAUUGAUGACGUUUUCCAGCAGAGAUGCAUCGCAGGUCAUAUGCGAUGUAGCGCCUGAAUCAAGACACCACACCACUUCACCGGAUUCGCCACCGAGUUGUCCCGUGGCCAGACACACUUCUUCUGCUUCGUCUUCAAUCACUACAUUUGCCUUCUGGCUUCUCUCACUGUCUUUUUCUAUGUUCUUCCGAUCGUACUCUAGCUUUCUGCACUUCCUUCGAAAAUGUCCUUCUUUGCCGCAAUAGUGGCACACUUUUUCCUUCUUCUGCUUUUCCAUUUUCUUUGCACUCACUACCGUCUUCAACACUUUUUUGCUCCCGCCACUAGCACUCUAACCCGCCUUCUCAAGCCGCUUCCUCCAUUCGUCGAGUAAUUUCCCCUUUACGAACUCCAAUUGCAAGUCGGCCUCCGGUCGACUUUCUAACGCCGUGAUCAGGCUAUCGUAUGAAUCGUUCAGGCUCGACAGGAUGAUAGCAACCAGCCAGUGAUCCUUUAGCGGGUCGCCCAUGUUCGACAGUCUGUUUGCCAGCUGUAUGAUUUGGGAGAGGUGCUCCGCCAUGUUGCCGUCAUCCGCCAAGUGCAUCCGAAACAGCUUCCGCAAAACGUGUAUUUUUGUAGCGAGCGAGGACCGUGCGUUGUAGUUUUUCAGCAAGAGCCACAUAUCCCGAGCGGUCGCAGCGUGCAGGACGUGAUACGUUUGGCUAUCGUCAAUCGAAAGGCCAAUCAAGGCGCGGGCCUUCCCGUCCCUGUACAGCCAUGUCGCUGUCGGCACUUGGAACGGGAUCAUCGACGACAUUUUUCACUCCUUCCUUGAGAAGCAAAAGUUCCAUGCGAAAUUUCCAGAGCUCGUAGUUGAAAUCAUUCAAUUUCUCUACGCACAAACUCAUAUUCGCCGCCAUGUUGCUUUGCUCAACGCAAACCGAGAAAAUGUUCACACGCCGAAACUGUUCCAACCGCGAAAGCAACUUUUUAUUCCGAUUUUCGCACCGAACCGUUCGCGAUCCACAUUAUACGCGCACUCGCGACGCGGGGCCCAUGACCUGUUGGGCAAAAUCGGAUAUUAACAGGUAGAAAACGGGACUUUUAGAAAGGAACGAUUUUAUUACAACGCAUUCGAUUUUACACAGUCGAGACUAGUGAUCGAGUUAGAUAAUGAAGUCGGAAACGGAAAUACAAUAUCAAAAUGUCAAAAAAGCAAGAACAUAGUUGAUCUGUCUGUCGAUGUUGUCGUAGUGCGAUGGGCGCACACUCUAGCGGCAAGUGGUGGAAAUUCUAACAAGAAAUACCGACGGCGUCGACUAGGAUUGAACCUAGACCAACUGGGGUGAGAGGGAACCACGCUUACCACUACACCACCGUCGCCGCUUAAAAUAGAUAUUCGACCACUAGAGGCAGUUAAAUUUUUACUAAAGUGUACUGAGCAAACAACAAUAUUUGCCACUCUCGAAGAACGAAUAGGGUAAUUAAUGUAUUUUGGACAGGCUGAGGACAACGAUGGAAAAUUUGUGCCCUAGCUUCCUUGAAAACCAUUAACCCUCUAAUACCCAAUCCCGCCUUUAGACGGGGUAUAGUUUGAGCAUUUUUGUAAUUUUUGUUUCGUGGAAAAUCAAAUUUUUUAUAUUUUUGGCUGAUAUUUAGGACUGUUAUGUAUUAGUGUGGGUCAUCGGAUCCGUUUUCUCAGAUCAAAGCGUUUUUGGUUCCGUUUCGGGUCCUGAGUAUCUGUGCAAAAUUUGAGCACGAUCAGUUGCGUCUACACUUUGCGCAUUGCAAUUGAAAUUUGUAUGGGAUUUUAUAUGGGAAAACAUACUUUUUUGCAUUUUAGACAUAAGUUGAAAAAGUUUGUCUGAAACUUUCUAAGCGAUACUGUAAAAUGAUAGCCUGAGAUGUUCUGUAAAUCUUUGUUGAAGACCGCUAAGCGAUCCGAUGCUUGUGAAAAUAGUUAUAAUCAACGAACCGCAUGCAUGUGUUUAUGUUUUAACAUGUAAAGGAAUAACAAUAGCAACAAAAUCAUGCUGUUUCGGCAAGCAAUGCCAGUGCUAUAACUUUUUUCAUUAGCAUCAUAUCACUUCGCGGUCUUCGACAAAGUUUUUCAGGACACCUUAUGCUAUAUUUUCACUUUAUCGGUUACACGGUUUUAGAAAAAUUCGAGCUUGUUGGGAGAGAAAUGCAAAAAAGUGUGUUUUCCCAUGUAAAACCCCAUUCAAACUUCAAACGCGAUGCGCAAAACGUAGACAUAACCGAUCGUGCCCAAAUUUUGCACACUUAUUUGGGUCCUGAAAUGUGAUCAAAAAAGCUUUGAUCUGAUGGGAUACCAUUGAAUUUUUCAUUUUUCCAUAUAAACGAUGAUCCACUCUAUUAUGUAUAUCUCAAAAUGGUUUUUGGUGUAUUUUAAAGCGUAUUUAUAUUUAUUAACCGUAGUGUGGCCAGCAAAAAAAACACCCGUAGAAGGCCGGCACGCAAUGGAAAUGAUCAUAUCUCAGCGAUUUUUCCACCGAUUUUAAAAGUUUUUGUCUCAUUCAACUCAGAAACUCAUUAUCUAUCGAGAUCGUAUUUGGUUAGACCGGUCCGAUCACCAUAGGUACCGGAAAAUCCGGAUUUCUGGAUCCGUGUUUUUAUACAAUAGAAUAUACGGGAUUUUCGGUAGGUUAGUAGCAAUUUCGGUACCAAGCAUCGUAAAAUUGCUUUGGCAUAUUGUAUCUGACCGGCAGGGAAUCAUAAAACGUGUUGACUUUGAAACUGUGAUUUCGGAACACGCUUCCCGUGAGGCCAUGGUUUACCAUAAACACUUUAAGGUAUCCUAGCCUUAACAAUGUGGGUUUCAAUAUGGUAUAAGGACAUGCUCCCAAAAAUAUGGAUUUUCCGAAAACCACGGUGAUUAGAUCGGUCUAACCAAAUAUUUUCCCGAUAGAUGAUGAGUUUCUGAAUUGAAUGAGCUAAAAAUUUCCAAAAUCGAUGAGAAAUUGACGGAGAUAUGAUCAUUUCAAUUUCGUGGGUACCCGGGUACCCUGCCGGCCUUCCACGUAAUAAAAAAAUGCAGGAGCCCCUCCCCCUGCCCCUCCUCACUUUAAAAUUUGGUCAACCCCAGUAAUAGAUGUAUAUUCACGAGUUCUAAGAUCUAACAGAGUUCCAACAUCCCAGUCUCAAUAACCAUUAAAAUAUCGAGAUUUGAAAUUGAAAAAGGUACCCGGGUACCCUGCCGGCCACAUAAGUGUUAAAAAUCAUUGAAAAAUUGAUGUUUUAGUCACCUUUUAGAAGUCAUUGUUUAUUUUGUAUUGAAUCGCUACAAUUAACAUAUUUUAAUUUUUUCCCAAAUCCUUCUAUCCUUGUUUAAUAGUUUAAGGGAAUCGAAUACACUCUAAAAUUAUUUUUCUUAAUAUUACACGGAAAAUAAUGUUUUCUGUGAAAAAAAAAAUAAAAUAAUAAUAUUUCGACAAUAAUCAUAAAAUCUCAAAAUGUUUUCAUCUCAAAAAAUCCGUUCCCCUAAUUGGCAUCCAGGAAAAAUAUAAAAGUGUGGGGAUGUUCAAAAAUAAAAAUUAGAAAAAUCUAAAACUGAAAUUCACGAAAUCGAGAAUUUAAAUGAAUCAUCUUCCAAAACAUGUUUAAAUCGAUUUUAGAAGACGAAAAAUUAUAUUUAGAUCAAAAUCAAAAAUUUGGGUAUUAGAGGGUUAAUUAUUUUGCAAAGUCACUAAUACGCUUAUAAUAUUAUUGUACUUUGCGUUCCUGGUGAUAAAAACCUUAACGAAAGCAUUUUAAGCUAAGAAAAUCACAAUUUCUAAUCGCCUGUUAGAAUAGCAUUUUGGACUCCGAAUAUAUGUUUUGGACACCCUCAAGUAUAUAUAAUUUGGACAGGGCAAUUAUCUCAAUGUUUAGCCAUAAAUACUGCUAAAUCAUAGAAGUAGCAUAAAUUAACAAAUAUUUUCUUGCAAAUAAUCAAAUGUCUCCGCUUAACAGGCAUCUAUUUUGAUAACUAUUACAGUUUUUGUUAAAAUCGAGGAAAUAUCGCCAGACCCACAGAAUACGCCUCCAAUCGCACAGCAUCACCAUGUAUUUCGUCAGAUGUUCAAAAUAUAUUUACAGUAGAAAACUUGUAAUGAAUUUUGGACACCACCUAUUCAAGCGUUCUAGAUAAGAAUAAGAGAUUGGCUGCCUAAUGCUUCUUUAUUGAGCAUAUUUCAUUGCAAUAAGGCUUUCAAAUUUCUUACAAUUAUUAAUUCAUCGAUUUUGAGGUGAAUAUUGUAUUUAACUGUGAAGUGUAUGUUGUCUUGCAUACCUGUGCAUUUGAGGGGUUUUAGUGAAACAAUUUACAUUUUCGAUAACUUUGAAGUGAAUUCUUAAUUGUUAAGCGUAUUUUCAAUGUGUAAUGUCUAAUUCGUUUAUUUGCACCGCCUGCACCGCUUUGCCACCGGGUGUAGCAAACUUGCACCGAAACCGUUCGUUAAUUCGCAGGUACUGUUCUGUUUUGACACCCGAUUGGCACCGGUGCAAGAAAAUGCUACACCCAGUUUGAGCGCGGUGUAGCAGGUACAAAACUAGUUUUACCAAUACAUGCAUAUCGCUGAACUUGUAUCGUGGUUUGUUUUGGUAGGAAUGAUGAUUUUCUCUUCGGCAUUAUUUAAACAGUUUUCUUGGAUAUUCAUUUAACAGCAAAUCUGUGCGUUUAAUAAUUAUUUAAACUUGAUCGAUGAUUAUCACGUCUUUCAAUCAACUUCAAAUUUUAUUGGUAACAUAAAAUUUCAAAGAGUUGAUUCAACGCGUAUAUUUUUCCCAUUACUUAUUUUUUGAUUAUCGCAAAUAUGUGGAUUACUUUUAAUGAUUUUAAUCAUUGGAAUUUUCUGUCGCAUGGUGAUCUAUUAAAUAUGAAAAAAUUGACGUAAUAAAGUUUUGAUAAACCCAGAAUAGAAUAAAAAACUAUUCAUUCAAAUUGGACUGAAAUAUUACUUAAGUAACAUUUUGUAGGUACAAACAGUUUCAAAAAUCGUAAAUUUUAUUUUUUUUCUUACAACAAAUAUUGAAUUUUUGAAUUGUAUUGAAAGUCAAACAAAUGUUACUAAAGGAUGGUUAAAGCGUUUCUUAUAUGAAUUGUGUUUCAAUAACGUUAUGUUUUAAAAAGCCUUUAUUUAUUUUUCUUUUUACGUUGUAGCUAAAUGUUUUCUAUUGAAAUGCCUUUAACAUUUUUUGUGCUAAAUUUGUGCACGUAGAUCGUUUACAAUUGUAUGUCAGCAUCCUUUUUUAUUGGGCAACGGAAAUUGUUAAAUUCUAAAAAGUUGCUUUUAAUUGAAAAAUUAUGAUAUUACGACAUCUUGCAGAAAAUAAAUAAUUAUUAUUAGAUACACUCAGAAAUAAAAGAAAUCGUGAACAGUUUAAAAGUUAUUCUUUUUGCUAUUAUCUGCGUUUAAACUCACACAAGUUUAAAAGGUAUACUGCCGUCACUUAAUAAUUUAAACUGGUCCAGAUUUUGGUGAAACUAUUUUUACAAGUGUUUAAUUCAGCCAUGGCAGAAAACUUUGCUGCAGUUUGCUCGUCGAAAUCAUAUUUUUUAUCGCUGCAAACCAUUUGUCGCACCCUAUCGAUAUUAUUCUGCUAAAAAGCAUUUCAAGUUUGUUUCCUCGAUGAAUUAUGAAAGAAAACCAGCCCGCGGAAGUAAAGGUAAGUGUUAAAAUUGACUAAAAUAAGCAAUUGUUACCGGACAGGUUAAAAUUCCUUUUUCCAGGCACUUUCGAGGACAUUUACAGCACCGGAAAGAGUCCUUAUUCAUCCGAAGACCGCCGGAAAUUUCGGAAAGUGGAAUUCGAUCUACAGUUCCGGCAGCCGGUUGUAUGCACAUUUCCUGGUACGAUUGGAAGCGCAGAGGCUACGGCAGCGCGGAGGAAGUCGCGAUGGAGUAUACCGUUUCAGCGGGGGAUUUCACGAACGACGGCGUUACCGUGAUGGAUCCGGCCACGACCAAGACGGAAACGUUCGAUUUCGACGAAAAGAAGGUCAGGCUCAUCAUUGGACGCGGCGGGAACAAGUUCCGCGAAAUUCAGAACCCCUGUCAGACGCUAAGCAUAAGCAGCGUAACGAGAACAACGAGAACGGCCGCAACAAUGUGUCGGUGAUGGGCCAUCAAAUGCAGAGAAAAUUUACAAGUGAAAAUAAUUAUUAUCUAAUUAAAUUUCGUCACUUCAUUCAAUCUUUGUUUGUUUUUCAAAUAAAAAGAAACAUCAACAACAAUAGUUAAACAAAUUUUCGAUAAAUCUAUGUUAAACUAGGUUUGAUAUUUGCAACUUAUACUGGAAUUUGUUUUUGUUCAAGUUAUACUGAGCCAGUUUAGUCUGGAUAUAAACGAAGCUUGGGGUCAACCAGGCGAAACGUGAUUUAGUCUGAGAUUUAAACUAUUUAGUAUUGAUUCUUUCCUGAGUGUAUAAUUCAUCUGACGAUUAAGUCAUGUAGGAGUGUUAAAACAUUGGGUAACAAUUUUCUAGUAACAUUUAUUAUUACAAGUUUACCAUGUUCAAGUGGAUUACUGAAAGCUUUUAUAAUUGUUAAAUUGGAUAUAGAAAGUAAAAAAUAAAAAUAAAUAUAAAUAAUUUUGUUCAUCACGGAAAGCAUGAGAACAUUGAAUAUGUUUAUUUUUGGUAUCCUUUAUUGUUUUCAUUGACGCUCUCACGCGCUCUUACUAAUACCACCAUAAGCUGUCAACAAAUUGCACCGAAACCGUUCGUUUUCCGGUGUCAAUUGCUACACCGGUGCAGUGCACCGUCAGGAAUAAGCCAAGAAGAAUUAAAAUUGAAUGAAAGAUGACAAAGAUAUCAACAAAUCACUUUUCCAUGUUUUACGAUAGUGACCCCAAACUUUUGGCCGAUACAGCAUUUUGAGGGGUGACCCAAAACUUUUGGUCGAUGACAUCAAGGAUUAAUUUACUUAAUAACUUUUUUUCUUGAUUUUUUAGCUAAGUUCUGUAAAAAGCAGUUGAAAGCUAAUAGAAAAUGGGUCAUAUUACCGCUCUCAUCUUAAAAUUUGGUCGACUCAACUUCCAGCGACACUGCCGUAAGUUUAUAUUCAUUUUUUAGAAAAUUUGGCAACUUUGGGUCAAGUUUACAUACAAAUUUUUUUUGAAAAAGUUUCUCUUAAAUCAUGUUCAAAGUUUCUAUGACUUAUUAUCUUUUGAAUGAAACCUAGGGUUUUGUAAUCGGACGCAAAUUGGCGGAGAUAUGGGCUUAAAAAAAUGACAUGUUUUUGAGGGGGUGACCCCAAACUUUUGAACGGGAGUGUAUCUUCCCCAAAUCAUGGAAAAGCUCUUUUUUGGUACCUAUUUUCAAAUCUGGCAAAAAAUCUGACAUACGUAAUUACCGUGGAAUUGCCAUUAUCUCGUGCAUUCCUAAAUUAUUCGAAGCAAUAAUCAAUAAAAAUAUAUUUGCUCAAAUUAAGAAUAGAAUAACGCACAUGCAACAUGGAUUCUAUAAAGGGCGCUCAACCGCUACAAAUUUAUUGGAAUUCAUUAACUUUUCAUUGACUGCAAUGGAUAAUGGCAAUCACGUAGAAGCUCUUUACACUGACUUUAGCAAGGCAUUCGACUGCAUUGAUAUUCCAAUGCUACUCUUCAAAUUUCAAAAAAAUGGGUAUAGAACCCCGACUUCUUAAAUGGCUUGAAUCGUACCUUACAAACCGCCAACAAAUAAUAAAAGUCAAAGGAAAAACAUCACAUCCCAUUCAAGUCACUUCAGGAGUGCCUCAAGGUUCCCAUCUGGGCCCUCUUUUAUUUAUUCUUUACAUUAACGACAUUUCCUUCAUCCUGAAGAAAACAAAAGUGCUUAUUUAUGCCGACGAUAUGAAACUAUAUAUGGAAAUAAGGAAUCAAGAAGACAUCAACAUAUUUCAGAAUGAAAUUCGCAUAUUCCACACAUGGUGUUCGAAAAACCUACUAUAAUUAAACAUCAAAAAGUGUAAUUUAAUAUCAUUCAGCAGAAAACGAAACACACCAAACAUAUCAAUUUCCUUAGGAGAUCAGUAUGUGGAAAAAUGUAGUAGAGUUAGGGAUUUAGGAGUAAUCUUAGAUUCUAAACUUAAUUUCAAUGACCACUACAAUACCAUUAUACAUAGGGCAAAUAACAUGCUUGGCUUCAUAAAACGCUUUAGCUUUAAUUUUGACGACCCCUACACAAUAAAAACAUUAUAUGUUGCCUAUGUUAGGUCAAUUCUGGAAUAUUGUAACAUUGUCUGGUCCCCAUUCCAAAGUAAGCAAAUCGAUCGAAUAGAAUCAGUACAAAAGCAAUUUCUAUUAUAUGCUCUUCGAAAAUUAGGUUGGACUACAUUUCCUCUUCCAUCUUAUGAAGCGCGCUGUAGGCUUAUCAAUAUUCAAACACUGAAACAGCGUCGUGAAACUGCAAUGGUUUUAUUUGUUAACGACAUCGUUUCGCAGCGAAUUGAUUCAACUGAAAUCUUAUCAAAAUUAAACUUUUACAUACCCUCACGGCAAUUGCGAAAUCGGCACUUGUUUAAAACUACCGAUAGUCGCACAAACUAUGCCAAAAAUGAACCUUUGAAUCAAAUCAUGAACAUUUAUAAUCAACACUGUGAAACUAUUGACUUAACUAUGUCGCGGCAUAAUUUAAAGAAAUAUUUUAACACUAUAAGAAAUAACAUCAGUAGUAGUACUUAAAAUAUUUAAAAAGCACAAAUUAUACACACAUCCACCAGCAUACACUAUUUAUAUAUUUUCUUAUAUGUAUUUUAUCAACAAUAUGUACUUUAGCUUUAAGAAAUGAUACAAAAAACUGUAUGUAUAUGUACUAGUCUACGUUGUUUGACGAAACUGAAUAAAUAAAUAAAUAAAUAAAUAAAUAAAUUCAUUCAAAAUGUAUCAACGUAGCAUAUACAAUCGAAUAUUUAUAUCGUUAUACAUUAUAAAUGAGCGUUUCACCUAAAUAAAGGAUUGGUGGUCCCCUU